AUGACCACUGUGCCCAUUGAUGAGCACAAUCUAAAGCCUGCCGAACGAUCUGACAACGACGAUCGUAAACGAUGUCUUCAUUCCUUCGAACAGGUUUCUUCGGCUUCUACCUCGGAUCUGGGCCGCAUUUUCUCCUUGUCUCCACUGCCGACUAUCGUGCUUGAUGCGAAACUUCGGGUGGUGCAAGUCUCCAAUAGCCAUUUGGUUAUCAGCGGUUAUAGUCGUGCAGAAGUAGUGGGUCAAAGUAUCUAUGACCUUCCUGCCCACAAGGUGCCUGCCACCGACACCGUUAGCCUUCAUCGGGUAGUAACGCACGCUAUCAAUACAGGCGAAGUACGGAUCAUUGACGAUGUUGAAAUUGACGAUGGCGUCGGGCACACAGCGUAUAGGGUCUACAUUAUGCCUGUUCAGGAUCAAGGCAAGCUAAUCUACGUUGUUCUGACGGCCUACAAUGUGACCGAGGAAACGCUAGGCUCAGGAAAGUCUCACAUCUAG